CCGCGACGUUCUUCUUGAGCUGCCUCCUGCGAGAGAGAGUUCUACGUCGCCUCUCUUUCUCUCGAGGCUCUCUGUCGAGGUCGGUUUUGUUGACCUUUUACGUCGAUUUUCUUUGAAAGCCGAACGGCCGCGAAGGGAUUCGAGUAAAGACCAAAUCUUAAGCAUCAAACUUUGUGGAAAUAAGAAAGCAAGAAAACAGAGGUUCAAGAAAUGGAUGAAGUAGAUGAGUUGUCUCCUUCAGUGUUAACUAUUGCGGUGGCAGUCAAUGGGAGUAAAAACAGCAAAUAUGCACUUGCAUGGGCUUUGGAGAAAUUUGUUCCUAAAAGGAGAGUUUCAUUUCGGCUUCUAUAUGUCCGCCAGAAGAUUACAUCGGUCCCAACACCAUUUGGAAACUAUCUUCCUAUUGAUGAUGUGCGGGAUGAUGUUGCCCUUGCAUACAAGAAAGAGAUAAAAUGGCAAACUGAAGUGUUGCUUCUUCCUUACAAGAAAAUGUGUGCUCAAAGACAGGUGGAAGCAAAAGUUGUAGUGAUAGAAGCAGAGGAUGUAGCUAAUGCAAUAUCAAAAGAGGUCGCAAGAUGCUCAAUCAGCAAGCUCGUAAUAGGUGCUUCUUCUGGAAAUCCCCUUAUCAGGAAAUUUAAAGGUGGGAAAUUGUCCUCCAGAAUCUCCAGAUGCAUUUCAAGCUUGUGUAUGGUGUAUAUUAUUUCAAAUGGGAAAUUGUCAUUUGUUCAUUCAUCUACAUCUGGAAUCGAUGAGAUAUCAUUUACAUCAGAGAAAGAUGAAAGCAUUAAAAAUGAAAGUGAUUCAAGUACUGUUUUUAGCAGUAUUUCAGGCAAUUCUUCCAGUACAGACUCAGAAUUUACAGAUAUAGAUGGAGAAGCAAAUUUCUAUCCUCCUAAUGCUUUUACACGACCAAUCCAGCGAAACCUAGACCUUUCUUCUGGAGAGCUUAAGAGAUCCACUUCUGCUGACAUUGUUCUUACUAAAGCUGGAGCUGCUGGCACUCAUCUCACUAGGUUUCUAUCUUUGGAUACUGAUGAGGAUGCCAUGAGUUACAGUUCCAAUGGAUCAGAAAUGCAGUGCAGUGAUAUCACUAUGUCUGGUAGCAAAACCUCCCAGACAGAUCAGUCACAAAAUUCUGACCAAUGCUCAACAUCAGAGAAUCCAAGGAAAUCUUCAGUUUCAGGGAGCAAGGUCAAUAUCGAUUGUGAGCUUGAACGGCUGAGAAUUGAUCUCCAGCAACUUCAGGGAAUGUAUGAGUUUGCUCGGAAUGAAUCAGUUAACACUUCCCAUCAGAUAAAUGAACUGAGUGCACGCUGCAAAGAGGAAGCAGUUAAACUUGAAGAGAUAAGGACCAGAGCAAAGAAGGCUGAAGAAGUGGCUCAACAGGAGAAGAAGAGACGAGAAGCAGCAGAAAGGGAGGCUGAAUAUGCAAGAGAAUGUGCUGAAAAAGAAGCUUUGCAGAGAAAAGAUGUAGAGAAGAUUAUUGCUCGCGAAGCUGAUGAGAAGAAGAGGAUGGAAAAGGCCCUUUCAUGUAAUGGUGUACAAUUCAGGAAUUAUACAUGGGAAGAGAUAGAAUCUGCUACCUCAUCAUUCUCUGAUCAUUUUAAGAUUGGACUUGGAGCGAAUGGAACUGUUUACAAGGGUAGCCUCCAUCAUACAAGUGUUGCAGUGAAAAUUCUUCACUCCAAUGACAGUCAUAGAACCAAGCAAUUCAAGCGAGAGCUUGAAGUUUUGGGUAGACUUCGUCAUCCUCACUUGCUGCUUCUGCUCGGUGCCUGUCCUGAUAGGCGUUGCCUGGUUUAUGAAUACAUGGAAAAUGGUAGCCUUGCAGACAGGUUACAAUGCAAAGAUGGUGCGGCCCCACUUCCAUGGUUCUACCGUUAUAGAAUAGCUUGGGAAAUUGCCUCAGCUCUUGUGUUCCUGCACAACUCAAAACCAGGACCUAUUAUUCACCGGGAUCUUAAGCCCGAAAACAUCUUGCUUGAUCGUAACUUCGUAAGCAAGAUUGGUGAUGUAGGUCUUUCCACAAUACUUCCUUCCGUGGAUUAUUCUGUGCAUACAUUGUGCAAGGACAGUGCUCCUGUUGGUACAUUCUUCUACAUAGACCCUGAGUACCAGAGAACUGGUUUGGUCUCACCACAGUCAGAUACCUAUGCCUUGGGGAUGGUAAUUCUGGGGUUGUUGACUGCAAAAUCACCCAUGGGGCUGGCUCACAUUGUGGAAAAAGCACUGCAAGACAGCUGCUUGAUGGAUGUUCUGGAUUCUCGAGCAGGACAGUGGCCUCCAGAGGAGACCCAGGAGCUGGCUUUCCUUGGCCUGAGUUGUUUGGAGCUGAGACGAAAGGACAGGCCUGACUUGAAGGAUCGGGUUCUUCCAUGGCUUGAGAGACUAAAAGAUUUUGCCAACAAGGCCCACGACUUGGCGCAGCAAGCCACAUCUAUUCCUCCAAGUUAUUUCAUCUGUCCACUAGUAAAGAGGGUGAUGGAUGAUCCUUGCAUUGCUUCUGAUGGGUAUACAUACAGCCGAAAUGCGAUUGAGACAUGGCUCAGAACAAAUGGCAAGUCUCCAAUGACAAAUUUACUACUGCCCAAUAAAGAUCUGAUACCUAAUCAGUCCCUUCUUUCUGCUAUUAACGACUGGAAGUCUAGAACUCAAUGAACCGCAAAGCUGUGUCCAGAAAGUCAUUGCUAUGGUUCACCUAAUCAGGAGAACUUUAGUAGAGAUCCUACAAGCCUGUUUCAGCAUCACUGCAAGAUCAUUGACAAGGUCCAAUUGCAAAUGGUAUAUGUACAACUGACACAAUGAAACAAGUUGAGCAUGGUAGAAUUGAAGGGUUCAAAGUAGUGCAAUAUCUGAUAUAUGCCAAACAAAAUUUUAUUCUGUGGAACAGCUCGGAGUAAUGAAAUAAAAAAGUGGCUUAGGGGGAGGGUCACAGUGUUAUUAAUUCUUGUGGAUCCAGCUGAACUUUUUCCAUGUUCUCUUUGUAAUACAGGAUUUGGACAGUGAUAUGGGUGUAGAAUUCUCUUUUAAA